CAAACCCUUUCGGUUUCGAUUUUUAAGUCAAGAUAGGGGAUGUUGAGAAACACCGACGACAAACCGGAUAAUUAGUUAGAAUUGUUCAGCAUACGUAGUUGCAUACAUUUAUCGUAUGUGCUUUACAUUAUUUGUGUAGGUAAUGGCGCUGUUAGAUGUGAGUGGAUAUAAACCUUAUCCGGAGAUCCGGGCGCAGCUUUCAGGAACUGGAACACCACACCAGAACCGAACAAAUCACUUUACCUUUGGCUCUCAAUAUCAGGAAUUUGCUUUGCCAGUCGGAGUUGAUCCUUCGGGAUUUCUGAAGUCUUGUAGUGGUGACAAUGGCAAUGGCGUAUCAAUAGACUUGAACCAUGGGACCACGACACUGGCUUUCAAAUUUCGCCAUGGUGUUAUUGUUGCCGUGGACUCUAGAGCAUCUGCUGGUAGAUACAUUGCUUCAAAGGAAGCCAACAAGGUGAUUGAGAUAAAUCCUUACCUUCUGGGAACGAUGUCUGGCAGUGCUGCGGAUUGUCAGUACUGGGAGAGGCUGCUGGCAAAAGAGUGCAGGCUUUAUCAGCUGCGGAACAAGCAGAGGAUCUCAGUGUCUGCUGCUUCUAAGUUGCUAUGUAACAUGAUGUUGGGCUACCGAGGAAUGGGACUAUCCAUGGGCAGCAUGAUCUGUGGAUGGGACAAGAAGGGCCCAGGUCUCUACUAUGUGGAUGAUAAUGCCACCCGGCUCUCUGGCAAUAUGUUUUCGACAGGCUGUGGGAACAGCUAUGCAUACGGGGUAGUUGACAGUGGCUACCGUGAGGACAUGACUGUAGAGGAGGCAUAUGAGCUGGGCAGACGUGGCAUUGCCCAUGCCACACAUAGAGAUGCCUACUCAGGAGGAGUGGUUAACAUGUACCAUAUGCGGGAAGAUGGCUGGAUCAAGGUGUGCAAGGAAGACGUGUCAGAGUUAAUCCACCGCUACAGAAAGGGAAUGUUUGAUUCAUAAUCAUUUUCCAGACUUACACAUCAUAUUACAUUAACCCAUUGAGAUACAGCAGUUUAUUAAACAGUGCUCACAAAACUACCUUGUAGUAAACUGUUCUUCACAAUUUGGAUAAAUAUGGACAAUAAAUACUUAAGAACUGAAAACUUA